GGAAAGGAAGCCCCUCCUGGGUUUCCGGCCGGCUCGGGGUUAAAGGCAGCGGCGGGGGGGCUGCCCGAUCCCCUCCGUGGGAAAGGCGGCCCGGAUUUUCCCACGCCCGGGCUGCCCGCGAUCGGAAGGGCCGGGCAGGCCCAGGGGGACCAGGCUCCCUCUCGGGCGCGGAGACGAUGCCGCUGCUCCGGGCCGGGCCUGCCCCUGGAGGGGUGGAAAAGGCUGCGGAGGAGCCGGGUCAGGCUCUGGCGAUCUUUGAAGAAGUGGCUGUGCGUUUCACGGAAGAAGAAUGGGGGUUGCUGAAUGCAGACGAAAGAGAUUUGCACAGGGAAGUCUUGGAGGAGAUUUGGAAGACACUGGCUUCUCUGGAGAUAUUUUUGGCUGUGAGUUUGGAUGAUAUAUCCCUUUUAGAAGAAAAUCUUCCGGCUGAAGGUUUCAAGGAAGAAGAAGAAGAGGAUUUUACAGGCAAUUCGUCAGCUGGUUGGUGGGAUCCUUGUGUAGGUGAAUCAGGUGAUGAGAAAGAGAACACUACAAAUGAAGAGCAGAGCAGAGAAACUGUGCCGGGUCAGACAGGGAGAAAGGAACCCGCUUCACCCGAAAGCGUGAGCUUUGAUGAAUUCCGGCUGCUACAAGGAGGCUAUGUGGGAAAGAGAGAAGACAAAGGCCAGGCAGGAAAGAUUGGGAAGUUAACCUCUUCUUGUGGAAAACUAUUGACCGAGGUCUCCAGCACUACAACGGCUAGCAAAGUCCUGGAAUUAGAGAGGCCGUGCAAGUGCUCGGAAUGUGGGAAGUGUUUCAAAGAGAAGAUGCACCUGGUUGUACAUCAGCGAAUCCACACGGGAGAGAAGCCAUUUCAGUGCUUAGAGUGCAGAAAGAGCUUCAGUCGGAGCCACCAUCUGAUUGGACACCAGAGGACCCACUCGGGGGAGAAGCCGUUUCAGUGUGCAGAGUGCGGAAAGAGCUUCAUUGAUAACAGUAACCUCACCAAACAUAAAAGAAUCCACACAGUAGAGAAGCCAUUUAAAUGUGCAGAGUGCGGAAAGAGCUUCAACCACAGUAGCACCCUUUCCUCCCACCGGAGGAUUCACACAGGGGAGAAGCCAUACACGUGCGCCGAUUGUGGGAAAAGCUUCAGCCAGUGGACAAACCUUAACACGCAUCAGCGGCUUCAUACAGAGGAGAAACCCUAUAAAUGCUCCGAAUGUGGAAAGAGCUUCUGUCAGAGUAGUAGUCUAUCUUACCACCAGAGAACCCACGCAGGGGAAAAACCGUAUAAGUGCUCUCAGUGCGAAAAGACCUUCACAUGUGCCAGCACCCUUGCGUUACACCAGAGGAUCCAUACCGGGGAGAAGCCAUUUGCCUGCUUGGAGUGUGGGAAGAGCUUCACCCAACGGAUCCACCUGACUCGACACCAAAGGAUCCACACCGGAGAAAAACCGUACACGUGCCCAGACUGCGGGAAAAACUUCCGGCAGUGGACGAGCCUUACUACACAUCAGAAAGGGCAUACGCUGGAGAAGCCAUAUAUAUGUUUGGAGUGCGGCAAGAGCUUCUCUCAGAACAGUGGUCUGUCGUAUCAUCAGAAAUCUCAUGUGGGUGACAAACCCUAUAAAUGCUCCGAGUGUGAAAAAAGCUUUGCUUAUAGCAGUACUCUGACUUUACACCAGAGGAUCCAUACUGGGGAGAAGCCAUUUGCUUGCUCAGAGUGUGGGAAGAGCUUCACCCAACGGAUCCACCUCACUCGACAUCAAAGGAUCCACACAGGGGAGAAACCGUACAUCUGCUCGGAGUGCGGGAAGAACUUCAGACAAUGGACGCACCUUAUUGCUCACCAGCGAGUUCAUGCAGGAGAAAAAUCGGACAAAUCAGAGGGUCAACUUCUGGCCUACCAGAUGCUGCUGAGUUACAACUCACAACAUCCCUCCCCAUUGCCUGCGAUAGCUGGAGCUGUUGGCAGUUGUAAUGCAGCCACAACUGCUGGGCCAGCUGUUCCCCAUCCCUGAGAGCAGCAGCUGGAUUUUUCAUUCAAGAAUUGGCACUCCGAUUCCACAUUCAGUUAGGUUCUGGAGCUUGGGAAAUGUUCAUUCAAAGCAAUAUUUCUCUGCCAUUUUUCUAAUGCUUUGGAUUUUGAAAAUGAUAAGGAAUCCAUAGGAUAUCACACACCAGUUUGUAAUGUGGCAGUUCCAUUUUGCAUGAACUAAAGUCUGGGUCAUCUCCAAGGCUGGUCCAGCGAAUAGUGUCUGUUCACAAAUGUGUUUUAUUUCUUCUAAAAAAUGGCAUGUUGCUUUCGAAACCAACUUUUUCCAUGAUGGCUUACAGUACAUCAGAAUCAUCUCUAAGAUAUUUUGGAAGUGAACACAUUAAUAAAAAAGGCAGUCUCUGAAAAACGAAAGGAAUAUUGAUUAAAAAGCAAGGCUGCGUAUACAUUUUAAAAUGAACAUGUUACUGUAUUGAAAGACUAGAGGGAAUAAGAAGAUCUUUGCUGUUAGAACGAUAAGGGAAUAGGCAUCUGGUACUGAUCCUUGGAGAAAGCUUUUCCUAGUUUGGGGGGAAAGUGCACCUGAAAAUCUGAUUGAUGAGUUCAUUCACCAUGAACCCAUUCACCAUAUCUAAGUUUUGGGUGGCCUCCAGAUUAGAUCUCUGCAGCAGAACUUCAGGGUAGGGUCACAGCAGAUUGGAAGAAGCAUUCUGAGAGAUACAGUGGUCCUGAGCCAUGAAGGACUUCACAAAUUAAUCCCCCACCUUCAGAUUGGGACUGUUUAACUGGCAGUCUGCAAAGAUUGUGUGAAAGUGGCAUGAUCCUAAAUUCACUUCUAGUUAACUUCCUGUAAUUUGUAUGAACGGAAUUUUCCAGACAAAUUUCAAGGGCAGCCUUAUGGGUAUCACAUUUCAGUAGUCUAGAGGUGCAGUUACUAGGGCAUGGAGUACCAAAGGAAAGCUAUACAGUUGCCUAUAAUAUACAGGUAGUCCUCGCUUAACAAC